CUAGCCAGGCUUUUCCCGGGCAAACUCAACCAAUCAGAAAUAACUUAUUUCUUUCGGUCCUCGGCAAUUGAACAUGUGGGAAAUUCGCAUUCCUUUGAUUCGAACGCAUCAUCGUCGGCCUCAAAUUCCACUCUACCCGUUAAUACAGUUAAUACCGUUAAUCAAUACUUUUUCUCUUCUCUUCUCCCCGCCCUCGAUACAUAUCAGGGACCUAGAGACUACCUAGGUAGUUGAGCGAAGACAUAUAACGUCUAACUAUCUCCUCGUCCCUCACAAUCUCACAAUGGCUUCCCUUGUUCGCCCCAUGCUGCUUCGGCAGACUGCCCUAGCUGCCUCGACCCGACGAGCCGCAACCGCCACAUUCUCCAGACAGCAGCUGAUCCGACCGACGGUUUCGAAAGAUGUCGCACGAGUUGCUGCCUUCCAUGCUUCUAGCAGAAGAAGCUUGCUGCCCCCGGGACCUCAGGUUAUCAAGGGAACCGUCAACGACCCAGCGCCGAUCCCCGAGACGAGCCCUUCCCACGGUUCAUACCACUGGACCUUCGAGCGUCUCGUAGCCGCCGGUCUCAUCCCGCUUACCAUUGCGCCUUUCGCCGGCGGUUCGCUAAACCCCGGCCUCGACGCAAUUCUAUGCUCUCUACUGCUAGUCCACAGCCACCUCGGCUUUCAGUCCGUCAUCAUCGACUAUAUUCCUAGCAGCCGCUAUCCCAAGGCCCGCAAGGCCGCUAUGUGGCUCCUCAACGCUGCCACCGCCCUCGUCGGCGUCGGCCUAUACGAAUUCGAGACGAACGACGUCGGUCUAACCGAGGCCGUUAAGAGAGUCUGGAAGGCUCAAUCUUAAAUCAAAAUUUGGGAAAAGAGAAAUGAGUAAGAAUUGCCUCGACUAGGUGGCGUCGAAGUGAGUGUUGCAUGAGCAAUGAUGAUACGAGGCUGAAGCAUUACUUGAAGGCUCGAAGGAGAGGGAGCAGGUCGGAUUGUGACAUAUGACAUACCGCCACGAAUUCCUAUGUAUCGGAUCGUGCUUAUCUGUUGGAACAGCUGGACUCGGAUUAGGCAUAGAAGGCUAGCAGACUUGCCCGUCCGUGUAUCCAGUACAACUAGUAUAUAUAGAACUGUUCUUCGCCUACGCAUAUAUGCACCAAGUAUUGUCAACCAUAUUGAGACAGCCGACAGAAAUAAGUGGUCUACUAUUGAACCGGCCAGGCUCGGAUUUCGACCACACAGGAUCCUUAUCAAGUAUAGU